UACCAAUAUUUAGACAUGGCUGCCUUGAUCAGAAGAUGCUUUUCGAAAAUUGUUCUGCGUUCACGGAAUACCAAUCCAGUGCUGUACCAAUGCAGUAGAGUGUUUUCUAGUGAAAUAGUUGAUAACACAGGUAACACUGAACCAACUGUUCCUGAUUGGAAGCCACCUGAUAAUGAAACAAUUGAGAAAACAAGAGCAAGGCUUGUUUAUCAAAGUCGUAAAAGGGGGAUGUUAGAGAAUGGGCUUCUGCUCAGUUCGUUUGCAGCUCGAUAUUUGAAGACCUUUAAUGAAAAGCAACUCAAGCUAUAUGACAACCUUAUAAACAAACCUAGUAAUGAUUGGGAUAUAUAUUACUGGGCAGUCGAGAACAAACCAACACCAGAAGAAUAUAACACUGAAAUUAUGGACCUGCUGAAGGAGUUUGCCAAAAACACAGUGAUGGAAUCAAGGAUAAGGCAACCAGACCUGGAACAAAUGUGAAAUGGAUUUGUGGACCCAAACUCUAGAAUGUGUCUAGAACGCCUAGCAGCAACAUGAUGCAGACACAUUGCUUAGGUUGUUUCUGUGUCACACAUCAAUGCUGACCUUUGACUGGCUGCUUGUUAGUACAAGUCGCGUCGCAAUUUUGAGCUACCCAUGUUAUGUCUGGAGUCACGACUGGUGUUGUAAUAUAUAGUAAUAAAAUGUAUUGAUGACACUGUUUGCAGCUCAAUGUAGUGGCCAAUGUACUGUUCACAACAGAAGUCGAGGCAUGAGUUAGUGGCGCAAGCAAACAGGACAGAUUUGUUUUUCAUUAAGACUUUAAUUUUUUUGUUGCUGGCUAAGAUAGGAAUGAAAGCAUUAUAUAUUUAUUUUCUCAAAACAUACCCAGUUUAUUUCAGUUUGGAAUAAAGAUCAGCCAUAUGAUUUCAAUACAUUCAAUGUAUGCCUACUUUAACAGGAAUGAAUAAAAAAAUGAACUUAUUAUAAA